AUGGCGACCCGAACCGACAACAAAAACGGUGGACCCGAAUCGAGAACCCAGCUCUACCUCAAAGCCGCCGAGUUCUUCCUCGGAGCCAAGAACUUCGAGGACUGCCGGAAAAAUGCUUUUCGGGCACAAACAUUGGACCCAAUCCACCCCGGCCCGACCCAACUGCUCGCUAUCGCCGCCGUCAUAUCCGCCGCCGCGGACGACGGCGACUCAAGUCAGCGCCCCGACUAUUAUUCGAUACUCGGCGUCCCUCACUUCAGCGCGGAUUUUGAUCUGAUCAAAACCCGCUUCGAAAAGCUGUGUGCUAUUUUGAGCCCUAGGGAGAAUCAGUUUGCUUUGGCGGAAGAGGCGUAUCGGCUGGUGAUUGAUGCGUGGUUAGUGCUAUCGGUGCCGGCGAAGAGAGCUCUGUUCGACGAGGAGCUGAAGAGGAAUCCGAAAUUUCGAAGCGGGUCGGAGAAUCCCAACUUCUUCUGGACUAUGUGUCCUUACUGCUACCAUGUGUUCGAGUAUCCGGUGGUUUUCAAGGAGUGUUGUUUGCGGUGUUGGAAUGAGAAAUGCAGGAGGGCUUUUCACGCGGCGGCGAUUCCGGCGCCGCCGCCGGAUGUGGUGGCGAUGGGGAGGUUUUUAUGUGCAGGUUUUGUGCCGAUUAGGGUUGAAAAUGGCAUGAACUCUUGGACUCCAUUUUCACCCGUUGGCUCUGAAACUAGGGCAAGAAAUGAGAAUGAGGGUAAAGGGGAUGGAGAUCAUGGUGAUAUGGAGACUGAUGGUGGAAAUGUGGCUCGGAAGAAGCAAAAAAUGGCGGCAAACAGCACAAAGAAGAUGAUGGGAAAGGGGGUGAGAAUGCAGGUGAUUAAUGCUGCUCCAUUGGAGACUACUGCUGAUGAUAGAGCCUCUGCAAACAAUUACACAGAGGUAGAAUCAGAGUUGAUCAAUGGAAAGUUGGAGUUUUUUGAGGAAGGAGAUGAUAUUUGUGUCGGUUUCCACCCCGGUUUUCAUUAG